CCCAAACCCGAUUCCUCGUUCCAACCCAAAUUCACACCGCGAACCAAACAACCCUUUGUUAUUAAACAUUCAUAAAAAUGGUUGUAGUUGGUGUAUAGGAAUGGGAAAGUGACGAGUCCUCGUUCAUUCAGUUUGUUCAGAGCUGCAGCAUCAGCCACUCCUUUGGGCGGCUCCCAACCACCCAUCUUCUCCAUCUGCUCUGGACAAACUUGACAACAAACCAGAGCAAUGGCGGAAACUGUUCCUAACCCAAUGGAAGAUUGGACAGUUGUUUUGCCGCGUCGAAAUAAGACUAGGAAAACAAUUCCCACAUUAAAAUCUUGUCAAGAACAGCAGCAAGCAACACAAUGGUUUCCUACUGAUGUUGAAAAUGACCCUAAACGAGAGUCGGAUUUGAUGCAGAAGAUGCUCACAUAUAUGAAGAAACUUCAAGACUCUCAGUUUUACCAAACAUUCUUGAGUCAGAUUGAGACUCCUGAGAUAUUGGAAAACUUUAUCAAGAUUUUGGGCACUGAAUCAAGCAUGCAGAUGGUGAUAUAUGGCAUUGGUAGCAUUGAAUCGUAUGAACCCCCACGGUUGCAGCUUAGCCUUGCAAUAUUGCUGAAGAGAAAGUUCAGUUGGAUUGAUACAAUAGAAGUUUUCGAUCCAAUUAUAUCCUUGGCAGAAUCAAGGGUAUUGGAAGCUCUUGGUUGUUCUGUUUUAUCUGUCAACGAGUUUGGUAGAAGACGAGCUUUGAGCCCGACUCUUUUUUUCAUGCCGCAUUGUGAGGCAGAAUUAUAUGACAACCUGCUGCAGGCAAAUUGGGGAGUUGAUACGUUAAACAGGAUGGCACUGUUUGGUAACAGCUUUUCAGUGUAUCAGCAUUAUGGUAGCAUUAUCAGCAACUCGACAAUAACUUCCAGCAGGCAGCAUAUCUUACAUGUUAGCAGCUUUGUGGAAGAGGUUAAGAUAGCUACAAUUUCAGAUGAUUACUUUCGAGCUUUCAAUGGCUCUAGUUGGCAUUUUUUCCGCCUCGAUUCUGAAUCACAGUUGCAGUUAGUUAAGUUAUGAUUGAUAGAAGUGUCAUCGUUUUCAAAAUCAUAUUUUAUAAACAUUUCAUUGGGGCCUUUCAGUUUGAAAACAGUAGGCCAUUGGAAUUACUGUUUAUUUGUUAUAUAAUCAAAAUGUUGUGCGGAUCCUCUA